AUGACAGAAGUACAGUCGCCUCUACCGCCUACCAUGUCAGCGGUUACGAUAGACGCCGCCGUCUCUCCCAGCCCUCCCCCAGAUCCCUCCGCCGACACAACAACUCUAUUAAGCACCACCAACGCUUCAAUACUACCCGCAGAAGACACCUCUACCGCUCUCGUAUCCACAAAUGAGGAAGGGAAAAAAGUGAGGAAGAUAGUGCGCAAGAAGAAGCGGCGGCCAGCGCGUCCGCAGGUUGAUCCCGCGGAAUUCAAGCUCGAACCGCCGCCGCAGACCGGAACUAUCUUCAACAUCUGGUACAACAAAUGGAGCGGCGGCGACCGCGAAGACAAGUACCUCUCCAAGCAUGCCGCGCCUUCCCGCUGCAACAUCGCCAAGGACUCCGGAUACACGCGCGCAGACUCCGUUCCCGGGUCGUACUUUUGCCUAUUCUUCGCACGGGGGCUGUGUCCGAACGGGCAGAACUGUCAGUAUCUGCACCGACUGCCCGGCUUACACGACAUCUUCAACCCGAACAUCGACUGCUUCGGGCGAGACAAGCACAGCGACUACAGGGAUGAUAUGGGAGGUGUGGGGUCCUUCAUGCGGCAGAAUCGAACGCUCUACGUGGGAAGGAUACACGUAACGGACGACAUCGAGGAGGUAGUAGCGAGGCACUUCCAGGAAUGGGGUCAGAUCGAUCGUACACGAUGCUUGACGCAGAGAGGAGUUGCCUUCGUCACAUACACAAAUGAAGCGAAUGCGCAGUUUGCAAAAGAGGCAAUGGCGCAUCAGGCACUAGAUCACAACGAGGUGCUGAACGUGCGGUGGGCGACCGCAGACCCGAACCCCGCAGCCCAGAAACGAGAAGCACACCGAAUAGAGGAGCAAGCAGCAGAGGCCGUCCGGCGCGCGUUACCGGCAGACUUCGUGGCCGAGAUCGAAGGGCGGGAUCCCGACGCGAAAAAGAGGCGAAAGAUUGAGGGCAGCUUUGGAUUGCAAGGCUAUGAUGCGCCGGAUGAUGUGUGGUACGCGAAAGAGAAGGCGGCUUUAGAGGCAAGUCGGAAUGGUGGAAUGUUGGAAAUAUCGGAAGAGAAACUAUUGCUGGAGGAUGCGGAUCGGCAAGAAAAGGAGACGAAGGAGGAGCAAAAUGGCGGGAUACUGUCGAGCUCGGCGCUUGCGGCGCUGAAGGGAUAUGGUGGAGGGACUGGCGUUACUUUCACCACGGCAAAACCGGCUGCUUCCGGAUCGGGCACGGCACUGGUCGGCUACGGCAGCGACGACGAUAGCGAUUGA